UCAAAACAUUACACACACACACACACACAAAAAAAAAAAAAAACACCAAAAAUGGUAACCACAAUACCUGAUAUCAAUAACAAAUCAAGAUCAAAACUUUCCAAAACCCCAUUUCAAGAUUCACAAAACCCACAUCAAAACACACCAAAUCUUGAAAAAUCAGGAUGUGGGUAUGUCAAGAUUGAUGAUUCUUGGCAAACCCCACAAAGCAAUAAGAAAAAAAACCAAGUUUUCCUUGAAGGAUAUGUUCAUGAGACAAAUGAUGAACAAGAUUUAGUGAGAGCUAAAAGUUUGACUGAUGAUGAUCUUGAAGAAUUAAAGGGGUGUUUGGAUUUAGGAUUUGGGUUUAGUUAUGAUGAGAUUCCUGAGCUUUGUAAUACUUUGCCUGCUUUGGAAUUGUGUUAUUCUAUGAGUCAAAAGUAUCUUGAUAACCAUCAAAAGUCGCCGAAAAGUGAGUCAUCGUCGCCGCCGGCGAGUGGUGGUGGCGGGAAAGCUAAUUGGAAGAUUUCUAGUCCUGGUGAUGAUCCUGAAGAUGUGAAAGCCAGACUAAAAUUUUGGGCACAAGCAGUUGCUUGCACAGUCAAAUUAUGCAGCUGAAAUGAACCCAUACCAAAAGGUUAAUAUGUAUCUAAUAUUGGGGUUGACCAUUAACAACACAUUUGAGAGUAUGAGGUUGAGAUUAUGGCAUCUAAUGAAUGGAUUAUCGAAGUGAUUAAACCUGGUCUCGUGAAGGAGUUUUGAGGAAUUUGUUCUUGAGGAGUUGUAAAUUUUUGUAAUCAAGACUCUGGAAGUAAAUGGAUGAUGUACAUGAUUCUCUCUUGUAUAUUUAAUAAAUAAAAUUGCAUUUUGUAA